AUGGGAGUGUCGGGACUGACACCUUUCCUCCAGAAAACCUGCCCUCAAGUCAUUCAGAAACUCACGAACCGUCUCCAAGGUCUGAGCGGUAAGACUGUAGUCAUAGAUGGGACCCUCAUAACUCAACGCUUUCACUUCGCGCCUAUGCCCCACCCAUACAGGCACGUCCUCGGCUGGUAUCGUCUACUUAAAGAACUAAAGGACAACGGUGUUAACGCCAUAUGUGUAUUUGAUGGUAAAGAACGCAGCUUGGCCAAAAGUGAUGAGAUCGAGCGGAGAAGACAAGUGCGAAGAGUGGACUAUGCCCGUAGUCUGAUUGAGUCAGAACGGCUGCAAAGGCUCCAAAAUCUCACCAAGGUUCUCGAAAACUAUCGCUGUCUAAACCCAAGUAAGCGACAGCACGCUUUCGAGACUCUGAAGACCAUCCUAUCAAAGCCUCAAGACUUGGACGCGUCUCUUGCAGCUGAGCUGGAGUCGAUUGUCUUGUCAACCGGUGGCAGGGAUGUACAACAGUCUGCCGACGAUGACUGGCUGGGACUGUUCGACGAAUCCGAAAUCAAACAAAUCCUGUUGGAGGACAUGGAUGUGCCAUCAUCUCUGCAGGGUCAACCUGCGUGGGAUGUCGAGCCCUUUCAGACACGAAACCCGAGUCAUAUCUCCCAACGGGACCCAGAAGACACUUCCUUUUCUUCGUACGACCAAAACUAUCAGGAAGACAUAUCGUCUUCCCUUGAGGCUCUCUAUCUCAGCUAUCGCCGGAGCACAGCCCGACUAGACGGACUAUCGGCGCCUACGUUUUCUGCCAUCCGCAAAAGCGUGCAGACGGACGACUCGAGCGAUGCCCGCGCCGAGAUCGCCAUGUCGAAAUCACAGCAUCAGCUCACCCUCGCUGAGGGCCAGUUCUGGGAAGGUCUUGUUAAAUCAGGCCUGCCGGCAGAAGGCGAUGAUGCACUGGAAUCGCGCCUUUCGACCAUCGCUAAUAAGAGCAGUGUGAUCGCGGAAUCAUACCUCCGUAGGCGGAAUCCACCAUCGUCUGAAACCUACCAGGAAAGUAAAGCCAUCCUCCAUGCCAUGGGCGUGCCAUGCAUAGAGUCCACUGGCCCCUUUGAAGCGGAGGCAUUAGCAUCAUCGCUCGUCCUACAUGGCCUGGCUGAUUAUGUUGCUAGCGAAGACACGGACGUUCUCGUAUAUGAAGCGGCCUUAAUUCGCAACAUCACAAGUCGUUCAGAACCACUCAUACUCGUCUCUGGUACGGACGUGCGCACGUCGCUCAACCUUGAUCGAGCGAGCUACGUCGACUUUGUCCUUCUGCUCGGCACAGACUUCUCGCAGCGUAUCAAAAACGUGGGCCCCCAGCGUGCCCUCAAGUUUAUUCGCGAGCACGGGUCCAUCGAGCACAUCCUGGAGCACGAAACCCAAUACUCUCCGCGGCAGCCGCCCGAGCUGUACCUCAAACAGGUGCGCCUCGCGCGCAGUGUGUUCGAGACGUUACCGCCUCUGCCAUCACCUGAGCUCCUCCAGCCGGGCGAAUAUAACGACAAAGAAGUCUGUGACGUCCUACGAAGAUACCAGCUUAGUCGGUUCAUGGCGAGCGAUGAUUGGGAUUCUUCGGCCGCUCUCGAAGGCAAUUACUUCUUCGAUAAUCCAGCCGCUGCAUAA